UGCCGCAGCUGUAAAAAUGGCAGCUGAGACAGGGAGAUACAGGAGUGCAGUUAGCAAAAACAAAGACCCCUCUGGACUUCUUAUCUCUGUCAUAAGGACUCUGUCCAGCAGCGAUGAUGUGCAGGACAGGGAGACAGAGAAGGGUCGCCUGGAAGAGGCCUUUGAGACAUGCGACAGGGAUUUAGAUGAGCUGAUUGUUCAGCAUUAUGCCGAACUUACCACCGCCAUCAGGACCUACCAGAGCAUCACCGAGCGCAUCACCAGCUCCCGCAACAAGAUCAAACAGGUGAAAGAGAACCUCCUGUCUUGUAAGAUGCUCCUUCACUGCAAAAGAGAUGAGCUGAGGAAGCUGUGGAUAGAGGGCAUCGAGCACAAGCACGUCCUCCAGCUGCUGGAUGAAAUCGAAAGCAUCAAGCAGGUGCCUCAACGGCUGGAGGCCUAUAUGGCAAGCAAGCACUACCUUCAUGCCACUGAUAUGCUGGUGUCAGCCGUGGAGUCCUUGGAAGGCCCCCUGCUGCAGGUGGAGGGACUUGGAGAUCUGCGUCUGGAGCUCCACAGCAAGAAGCUCAACAUCCACCUUGUUCUCAUUGAUGAGCUGCACCGACACCUCUACAUCAAGUCCACAAGUCGCCUGGGACACAAGAAUAAGGACAAAAAUGCUGGUCGCCUUCCAGGCUCCACGGGCAAAGACACAUCCCCGAUGCCUGGGUUGGAUGUCAGCAGCCUGUCCACCCCACGCAAGCUUUUGGAUUCAUCACAGUUCAGUACACCUGGAUCCAGCAGUGUGCGUGAGCUGCAGCAGGAUGUUCGGGAGUUGAACCAAGCAGACCUUCCUGAAGUCGAUCCAGAAGAGAACAGUGCUGAGUUCAUGGGCAUCCUCAUCAAGGCUCUGGCCAAGUUAAAGAAAAUCCCUGAGACCAUCAAAGCCAUAAUGGAGCGGCUGGAGCCUGAGCUGAAACAGAUCGUCAAGAGGUCCACCACUCAAAUAGCAGACCAUGCUUACCAGAGAGGAGAAAACCUGGCCCAGGAGAGCCAGCCAAGGCUGCUGCUGGAACUGCUGGAGCUGUUGUUUGAUAAGUUCAAGGCAGUGGCCCAGGCGCACAGCGUGGUGCUGGCCCACCUGCAGCAGAUCGCGGUGCAGUGCCCGGGCGGGGCCCACGAAGAGGGCAUCAAACUCUACGAGCAGGCGGACGUCUCUGCCAAGAUCCAGACAGUGCUGCAGGUCCUGCUAAUGGAGUAUCUGGAUGUGAAGAACAGCCGCAGUGCCACAGAGCCAUCGGCUCAGCUCUCCUAUGCCAGCACCGGCAGUGAGUUUGCUGCCUUUUUUGCGAAGAAAAAACCACAGCGUGCCAAGCAGUCACUCUUCAAGUUUGAAUCAUCUUCCCAUGCCAUCAGCAUGAGUGCCUACUUGAGAGAGCAGAGGCGAGAACUCUACAGCAAGAGUGGAGAAUUACAAGGUGGUGCUGAUGAUAACCUGAUUGAAGGGGGAGAAAUGAAGUUUGUGUGUAAACCCGGAGCGAGGAACAUCACCGUCAUCUUCCAGCCUCUUCUCAGGUUCAUUCAGGAAAUCGAGAUGAAUAUGGGGCCAGGUCAGGCCAAACAGUGCCAGCUCCGAGCCUUCCUCACUUACUACAUCAAUGAUCUCUUCCUCAACCAGGUGCGAACAGAGAUCAACAAGGAAAUUCAGGCAGUGAGCAAGACAGCCGACCCUUUGAAGAUCCUUGCCAGCGCUGAUACCAUGAAGGUUCUGGGCGUCCAGAGACCCCUGCUGCAGAGCACGGUGGUGGUGGAGAAGUCCAUCCAGGAUCUAAUGAGCCUCAUGCAAGACCUGAGUGCCUACUCCAACCAGUUUCUGGAGAUGGUCUGUGACAAGCUCAAAGAGUACAAGGAAAUCUGCAACACAGGCUACAGGGGUGUUGUCCAGUGUGAGGAGAAACUCACCAUCAGUGCUUCCUGGUCUAAAGACGAGGACAUCAGUCGUCUGCUCCAGUCGCUCCCCAACUGGGCGAAUAUGGCUCAACCCAGACAGACGCGACAGAAGAGAGAGGAUGAAGAGGACUUUACUCGGGCGGCUUUUGCUAAGGAGUCGGAGGUGCUGACUGGGAACCUUGGAGACAAGUUAAUCCCCCAGAAUGAGAUCCUGCGGGACGUCAGUGACCUGAAGGCUCUGGCAAACCUUCAUGAGAGCAUGGAGUGGCUUGCUGGUCGUCUUAAGACCUUCUUCACCAACCUGCCUCAUGGCUCCAGUGUGUCUCCAUGCUCGGCAGACAGCCAGGUGGUGGGUGAGAGCGAGCGGAGCAGGGAGCAGAUUCUCCAGACCUUAAGUGACCUUUCGAGGGGGUUCCAGGAUAUUGCAGACCGCUGUCUCCUGGCAUUGCACCUGGAAGUCAGGGUGCACUGUUUCCAUUACCUGAUCCCCCUGACCAAGCAAGGCAAUUAUGCCAUUGUGGCCAACGUUGAGAGCAUGGAUUAUGACCCACUGGUGGUCAAACUGAACAAGGACAUCUCAGCCAUAGAGGAGGCCAUGGGGGCCGCCCUGCAGCAGCACAAGUUCCAGUACAUCUUUGAAGGUCUCGGCCACUUGAUCUCCUGUAUUCUGAUCAACGGGGCCCAGUACUUCAAGAGGAUCAGCGAGUCUGGUAUCAAGAAGAUGUGCAGGAACAUCUUUGUCCUCCAGCAGAACCUCACCAACAUUACCAUGUCCAGGGAGGCAGACCUCGACUUCGCCAGGCAGUACUAUGAGAUGCUGUAUAACACUGCUGAUGAGCUGCUGAAUCUGGUGGUGGACCAGGGUGUUCGCUACACGGAGCUGGAAUACAUCAAUGCCCUGUCCUUGCUCCACCGCAGCCAGACAGGUGUAGGUGACCUGAGCACCCAGAACAUCCGUCUGCAGAGGCUGAAGGAGAUCAUCUGUGAGCAGGCCGCCAUCAAACAGGCCACCAAAGACAAGAAGAUCACUACAGUGUAAAGAUGAAACAGGACAGGGUCCAGAGGGGUGAUGAUGACCCAUCAGGGAACCCCUGGCCUUCAGAUUUUUGUUUUUAGAUCAGUCUGGCAGCAGCAUGUGCAGCAGAUAAUUGGGUCACGUAUGCAAGAGUAACGAGUGAUAGAGCAGAAACUUGCAGGACAGGGGAUAUUUAAGAAUUGGGUUAGAAAACACUGAAAUAGAGGCUUGCUCUAGACCUAGAUCCUAAUGUGUGUGAAAUCUAUUGAUGGAAAGUGUGUCUUCUCCAUUUCAUCUUGCCUGGUGUGAUAAAAAAACACUGUAGUCGAGGGUUGACAUAGAUGUACUUUCCAAUUCUGGGCAUGUAGAUUAUAUAUAUAUAUAUAUAUAUAUAUAUAUAUUUAGCGUGUGCAGCACUGGCUCACUCUAAUUGGGAAGUGAGGUGACAGCCAAUGCAACUGCAAACUUUGCAAGUUUAGCUCUCUAUGUAUCUAUCAUAAGGUAACCUAUAUUGUGAGUUUAGACUUUUUAAAAGAAACAACAAAUGCAGCGCUCACGCUCCGACUCCAACAGCCCCACACUCACCAUGACUCCAGCUGCAGAUAAAAGGCGAUUGUCUUGGACACUCACCCGAACUUAGGCCCCAUCUCAUCUCAUUUUCCUAUUAGAUCUAAACUGCUGCUCUCAAUUACACCUCUAUCUCUCCUCUCCUGGCAGCCCCAUGGGCCCACUGAUUCUGUCUGCAAUAACAGAUGCCAGAUUAGACUGUCUGAAUGAGGCCACAUCUUCUGCCUGCUGCCAAUUUGGGUUGGUCCCCAAAGAUUCCCCUAGCUGAGAAUUGUAUCAUAUCUAUGGCUGUUAAAAAAUCUGUUUAUCUCUCUUUUUUUCUGAUAGUUUGUGCAGUAGACUAGUGUGGAAAGUUGUGAGCUAUUAACAUUUUUUACAAAUUGGACAACAGAGACCAAGCAAUGAAGAUAUUUUUUGCUGAUUUCAGUUUCAUCCUUCCCUAAAACAGGGAAUAGGUUUAUUUCAAAUGCUAUAUUUCAAGUCCAGCCAACCACAGUGGAAUGACUUGGCAUGUUUGUAAGAAUGCCUCUCAUCAGUCAUACUAGCUCUAUAAACUGAAACGAUGCAAUUCUCAAUCUUCAUUUUGUUGUCCUCACUUCUCGUGCGCAA